AUGUCACAACUGAAUGAUCAACAAAAUCUAUCACCAAAUUCUAAUUCGCAAUCAACGACUAAUGCAAAUAAUAAUACAACGAGCGAUCAAUUUUCAAAUCUUCAAAAGAGUUCACAACAAAUACAACAGACUACUGUACAAAACCAACAGUCAUCACCGCAACAAUCACAACCAUCACAAACUGCCACAACUCCUCAGCUACAACCAGCUACAAGUCAGCCAUCACAAGUUGCAGUUAGCGUAGCAGUACGGCCUCCUGCAAUUCUACCUCCAAAGGGUGGAAACACAAAGAAAAAAAGUGGAGGAAACAAAAAGCCGGGCGGGUCACGUCCUAAAGCCGGAACAGCCGAGAAAAAUGAUGAUUCGAUGUUGCCUCAUGCUUUGAGCCAAAUGGCAACCGAUUAUUAUAAUCAGGCUGUUCAUCUUGGGCAAGACACGCCAGAAGGUCAGAGGUGUUACAAAAAUUAUUUGGAUACGGUGCAAGCUUUGGAACAGCAUCAGCGAAACAAUCAACAUGCUAGUUUUUCGUUUGUUCCUCCAGUGAACCAAAUUACAUCACCGGCAACUACUCCCUCUCCUAAUCAAGUGUCUCGCAUAAUUCCCACCACUAUGACAUCCGUACCUUCUCCAUUAUCAUCGCAACCUCAGACAAUGCAUAAUCAUCAAAAUAGUCCACAAAUGGUUGCUAGGCCGCAGCAACAUAUGGUUGGACGAGGACCGCAAGUUGAAUAUAAUAAUUUAAAUUAUCAGCAGUUAACAGGUGAAAUUAAUAGAAUUCAAACUUCAAGAGUAACAAAUUCUACGAGCGGAUCUUCACAAACAACGUACACCACGACAAGGCCUUAUUUAAGACCAUCGAUGAUGUCUCCAGUACCUGAUUCGUCUACACGAAUGAUGAUCAAUACACAUGGACAUUCAGGGGCGACAGGGUCUCCAACAGCUCAACCUAUUCAAUCACCAAUUAUACCUUCUUCACCACUUGCAAAUAACAUUACGGAAGGAUCAAUGAUUACUGUGCAACAGCAAGCAAUGCAUCAUCAAAUGCUGCAAUCACCAAGAUUACAGCAACAGACUCAAUCACCGGGAUCACAACCACCACCUCAAUCUCCACGAUCACACCAAGUACAGUCUCUACCACAAUCACCCCGAUCUCAUCAUUUACAACCUUUAUCUCAAUCACCCCAAUUACAACAUCCAUCUCAACCUCCUCAAUCGCAACCGCCACAUAUAAAUUCACAUGUAAUGAAUUCUUCAAUGGAAAUUGAUUCAGUGCAAACAACACCAUCGACAAUCGUCCCAAAACCUAUUACAGAUGGUAUAUCAUCAGCUUCAUUUAGUGGUAUGCAUCGACAAAUUACACCAAUAGCACCAGCAAACCAAAGUGGUCUUCCGUCGCCACUACAGCAGAACUUGUCAGUCGCAAAUAAAUUACAAUUUUCGGGAGUAAAAAUGCAUACAAUACCUAAUUUAGGGAUGAAUUUACCGGAAACGCCAGCAUCUUUGGCAUUGGCAGAACCAGAAGAAACGGAUAAACAUCCUUUAUCCAAACGCAAAAUUCAACAACUAGUUGACCAAAUAGAUCCCAAAGAGAGACUAGAACCAGAAGUGGAGGAUAUGUUAUUAGAAAUAGCAGAUGAAUUCAUCACUUCUGUAAGUUCUUUCGCGUGUCUUUUGGCUAAACAUCGAAAAUCAGAUACUCUAGAGGUUAAAGAUCUUCAACUCCACCUAGGUUGGUAUUCUAUUAAAGAUCUAGAACGUAAUUGGAAUAUCCGUAUUCCUGGAUUUGCAUCAGAUGAAAUUCGAUCAGUACGGAAAACUAUUGUACCAUCAUCACAUCAACAAAAAAUGCUGGCGGUAAAUCUCGCAAAAGCGAGUAAGGUUCCUUCUACAACAAUUACGCAACCAGUUGUUGGGAAUACUUCUGCGCAAGUUAGCGAAAAAAAUGUUAACGGUUGA